ACCAGAGAGUCCAGCUUCGCAUAGCUAGCUAGAGGGGCUCGUUUCCGUCCCGCUCUCGGGUGGUGGGCGGCCAUCUUAGAUACGUGCAAUUAAGGGCCGUGGCGGGAUUGGCUCCGCGACGGGGCUCGUCCUCGGUUCCCUACCUACCAGGGUCGGAUCCGGAGCCCUUCCCCCGCGGGGCGGGACCGCCUAGCGGCUGACUCCUUUCGUGGUCAAGGGUAACCGCGCUGAAGAAGCAAUUACAUUCUGGAGACAGCGACCCCAUAUCAUGGCCGGAAGCCCUAUUGAAGAUCCAAAAGGAAGCAGAAUCACAUAUGUGAAAGGAGACCUUUUUGCAUGUCCCAAAACAGACUCUUUAGCCCACUGUAUUAGUGAGGAUUGUCGAAUGGGCGCUGGGAUACCUGUCAUUUUCAAGAAGAAAUUUGGAGGGGUGCAAGAACUGUUAAAUCAACAAAAGAAAUCUGGAGAAGUGGCUGUUCUGAAGAGAGAUGGGCGAUAUAUAUAUUACUUGAUUACAAAGAAAAGGGCUUCACACAAGCCAACAUAUGAAAACCUACGGAAAAGUUUAGAAGCUAUGAAGUCCCAUUGUCUGAAGAAUGGAGUUACUGACCUUUCCAUGCCCAGGAUUGGAUGUGGUCUUGAUCGGCUGCAAUGGGAAAAUGUGUCUGUGAUGAUUGAGAAGGUGUUUGAGGCAACAGACGUCAGAAUUACUGUGUAUACACUCUGAACAGAUGAUGUGUCUACUUUCUUCUGUGUUAUCCUGCUAGACCACAACAUAGGGCAAACUAACCUUAAAAUGGUGAGAAGAGAGUUUCACUGUUAGUCUGUCACAGGCUAGACUUAAAGAUGCUGUAUUCCUAUGAUUGGAUGGACUCUGGAGGAGGGAUUGCUUAGGAUAUAUGACUGUGUUUUGUUUGUCUGUUUUCCCUGCAGGAGGGUAAGGAAUGGUUGCCCUGGGAUUAGGAAGGGCAACCAGAUGUUGGGCCUAUGGACCCCUGUUUUACUUCAAAUUGACUUGAUUUGUUUGGCUUGACACUAGGUGGCAGCAUUGUCUUUAUUUCUCUGCUGUUUAAGAAAUUUCAGGAUGAACAUUUCAAUUAUUUUUAUCUUUUGUUACUUGUACACUUACAUGGUGGUAUCCUUAUGUCACCAGGUUCAUUGUAAGUGAGAAUUACGAAUUGUAUUGUUUUAGUUUAAAUUACAGAAUGGAGCUUUAUAUUGUUAACAAGGAAUUUGUGGUAAGAAACAUGAAAAAAUAAAUAUCUUUUCUUGGGGUUCA